AUGCCGCCCGGACGCGGCGGCGAAAGGCCCGGCCCGGCCCGUCCGCCCCCGCCGGCAGGCCGCGGCGCGGGUUCCCGGCGGGGGCGGGCGGGCCCCACCCGGCGGCGGCGGCAGCGAUGGCGGCGCCGAGAAAAGGGGGGAGGGGGAGAGCCGGUGAGAUGCGCAUUCCCCCACCCCAGGCAGCGGAGAGCCCCUCCCGGUACCUGCGGCCUGCGCUGGGUCUCGCUCCCGCCGCUUCCUGCUCCACAGGCCCGAGCUCGAGCAGCGGCGAACGGAAACGGGCGGGGCGGGGGCGUGCGCGCUCACCGGCCCGGCGCGACGCGGCGCUGCGCUCCCUCAGCCCGGCCCCGCCCGCCCCCGGACCGCGCGCGCGCGCGCCCCCGCCUGCCCGAUGGCCAAUCGGCGCGGCCGGGCGCGGGGGCUGCCGGGAAGCGGCGCUAUAAAAGCCCGGGUGCUAUUUACGCCGCGCGGGCUGUGUGGUUGUGUCUGUGUUCGGCGGCGGGUGCUGUGCCGGGUCCUAACGCCGCCGGCGCCCUCGCUUCAGGGCCUGGCGUACGUACCGAGGCCUUGUCUGGUGGAGUAGGGCUGAGAAAAGGUGCCUGUGAUUCUCCUGCAGAGCUCCCUUCGUCCCAGGCGGUGCGAGGCCUGGGUAGGGCAGAGCCGAGCCAGCAGCCCUCAAGCCUUGCUGCUGUGCAGAACUCCCUCUUGCUGGGCAGGUGUUUUCUUGCAGAUGGACCAAUGGGCACUGUGUUAAUCAGUGUUGCUGUCGUGAUAGCCUUAAUGACGGGGAGAACUCUGGUGCUCUGGAUGGGGGAUUCUCACAGAAGAAGGAACUGCCCUUCCUCGGGGACCAGGAAAUGCAAAGCCUCUGAUUUGCACAGGGGGAGCAGAAGCUCCAAAAAGCUGCUGACCUCUGUCAAACGCAGGCUCUUAUCCACAGUGGGAGAAACGGAGUCUUGGAGUCCCAGCUUGGUGCAGCUGAGCUGUGGGAUCCUCCUGAUCUCCUCAUGUGAAGGUGAUUCGCUACAUGAACUGAAAGUUUAUCAUCUGGCUUUCCUACCCAGGAACAUGCACCCAAAGAAGGGAAGGACUAAGUGAUACCUCCUCAGCGUGAAUCACGCUGUGCCUGAGCAGCAAGGACAGACCUGCCCGUGACCUGCCAGAACCUGCAGUCCCGCCUGAGCAGGACAGAUCCCCUGCUUUGCUCCCUUCCUGUGCUGUGCUGCUACGCCCUGGAGAAGCUAGAUCCCAGGAGGACCCAAGCAGGACACCUGGCGUGUGCUUAUACAGCUGGAAGGGGAAGUAAGUCCUGGCCAUGCCCUGCUGUUGGCUGUAAGGCUCCCCAAAAUAAGCUGCAGUGCAGCAGGAUGAGAACUGAAGCCUGAGUAGCACUGAGUGUGCUUGGCUGGGAUGUCCUGUACCACCUGUCUGCAGAAUCUCCCUACCUAUGUGUAAAAAAUGAGAGAAAAUGCCUAAUAUCCUCUGUUAUUCAAGUCUCCUGUUCCAAGUGACGAUAGGACAGAUUUUUAGGCUGCAUUUAGUGCUUUCUGACAGAGGAGGGAGCUGUCAGCUCACCAUUGAACUGCUCUGCAAGCAGGGAUGCCCACCUGCAAGCUGGUUAAGCUGUCUAGGUGGCCCACGGAAGGAAGAUGUUAAGCCUGGCUUGCAGGAGGUGGAUGCUAGCCUGAAAGUGCUUAAAUGUUUUGCUUUAGUUGUAUAUAUGGAGUGUUUUUGUGUCCCUGUACAAUGAAAACCACAAUUACUCCUUUGUGGGGACAGUGGGAGCAGCAGUCCUGAGAAGCUGUUUGGAGGUGGAAUCUUUGGCUGUGGGCUCUGGUGCUUUUUGUUGCUGUAGCAAUGCCCCCCUCUGCUGCCCCAAGAACCCCCAGAAAACUACAGCCAGUGCGACACCUUCCUGCUAAUGGCAUGAGACAGAGCACCCUCCUCUGUGUCUGAGCUAUGCAAGCAGCCCUUUUAUCUGGGAUAUCUGCCAGGCAGCAGAAACAGGCAAGAAAUAUCCAAGUUCUGAGGUUGACUCAAGCCAGCAUGGACUGGUCUGAAGUGGAAUAACAACCUCAUCCCAUUUGCCAUUUCUCCUGGUACAACUCAUCAGUAGCCUUCCUGCCUCAGCCAGUAGCAGUGUGACAAAAUACGGCUUAAUUACACCCUGAAAUAAAAAUAUUUUCAUUACAUGUUGCUUUA